UACGUGCGUGCUUGCAUGCGUGCGCACGAGCUUCCAAAAUCAUCGGGCCGUCACCUGCGUCAUCUGUGCCGACAAACGAGAAGCGAUAGUGACUUAGAAAGAACAGGCAAGAUGUUUAAUUUUCACAAGCCCAAGGUUUAUCGUUCUAGUACUGGCUGCUGUAUCUGUAAGGCCAAAUCUAGCAGUUCGAGGUUUACAGAUAGUAAAAAAUAUGAAGAUGAUUUCUUGGAGUGUUUUCAACUGCAGGAAAGACGUACUGGUGAAAUAUGCAAUGCAUGUGUUCUUUUGGUCAAGCGAUGGAAAAAAUUACCAGCUGGAAUGACUCGCGACUGGCGACACGUAGUGGAUGCGCGAGCUGGUCCCGGUAUUAAGUCGCUAACAAAAUAUAAGUCAAGGAAUAAGAAGAAGGUGAAGGAUAAGCCGGAAAAGACCGAGAAGAUUGUGAAAAAAAAACAUGUUUACAUAAAGACUGAAGCUGACCGCGAGCAUAGUCCAAUCAUGUGCGACGAUUUGAAUGAAUAUUACAGUGUUGUGGAAGAAGGCAGUAAAGGUUCGAGUAGAUCAGAAAGUCCUUCAGAUAGUGAUGGUAUCCUGGAGAAACAAUUGGAUGUACCACCUAUUGAGAACACGGAAGCGGAACAGGGUCAUGUUAAUGAUUUCAUUGAUUUGUCAUAUUUUAAAAGAGAGGUCAUCUGUUGCGGCAUAAUCUUCAAGGGUCCUUAUGGUGAGGUGAUCGUGGAUCCUUCUUUACUGAAACCCUGCGUGGGUUGUCUGGCCGUCAGGAGACAACGGCAAUGUAGUAGCGAUGGCUCGUCGUCGGCAUCGGAAGCUACCAGCCCCAUCCAUUCUGCGUCCGUUAGUCCGGCGUACAGCGUCGAAUUGCCGCCGGAGGCAAGCGUCGUUUCCUCCAAGCAAAACGCUAAAACGACCUUCAGCGAUUCAUCGUCCGACUCUGGUUACGAUGAAUGCUCCAAUCAGGGUGCAGAUAGCGGCAACAAGACUGGCAAACACGGUCAGCAAGAUAUCAAGUUGCUCCAACGGAUGGACCAGAUGUCCCGUAAAUCCUUGACAGUCGAUGGCGACAUCGCAGUUGAUCCACCGCCUCAGAUCCAGUCGAUGUCGUCCAAUUAAUGCCGACUGUUCGUAGAGCGCUAAUUUAUUCUUUUCUCAUUAUCCAUACACAACGUACUCGUACACACCACUACACUACACAUACACACACAUAUGCAUAUGUAUGGCUGUUCUUGACCAUAGGGAUGCAUUUGAAGAUUUGCCAAUCGAUUUUCGCCAGGGUCCAAAGUUAAGAGAGACAAAAUUAAUAGGGGAAAAAGGGAAUUUCGAUUUGAGGAAUUUUAAGAGAAAAUUUGUUGGUAUUCUCAAUUGUAGGAAACACGACAAAGAUAAGGAAAUUUUGAUUUUAACAAUUUUUAAGAUUUCUAAGAGUAAAAUCUUAAUUUCUCAAACUAAACUGUAAAAAUUUCAAUUUUAAGAAAUUUUGAUACUUUUUUAACUUUUUUUGUUUUUUAGGAACUUUAAGGAAACAAAUUUCAAUUCAUAUCGUAAUUUUUGGAAUUCUUCAAUUCCGAAAAUUAAUUCAACAAUCGAUUGAGAAUUUCGCAACAUAUGAUCUUUAAAAUUAUAUUAUCUUCAAUAGUUCAAAAGGAAAAAAUUCUUAAAAUGUUCGACGCCGAAGUUUUUAAACUGUUGAUAAGACGUGUCACAGGAAAGUGUUGAUUGUUUUGGAUUAAAAGCGAUCGUCGAUAACCAGUGACAGGUCGAUAGCAAUAAAUGCAUAUGAAAAUGGUUAGAGUCGAUUUUUAGCAUGUAUUUAGACAGUAUUAGGAGAAAUUAAUGAAUCUAUUUAGAUAGGGAAAUUCAUACACACAUAACGCAAACAUGGCAAUCAGAUUGGCAAACUGGACCAUCGGAUCUUAAGAAAUAUAAUCCUAGAUGAUAGAGGUAAUUUAAAAGAGAGAAAAGAGUAAUUAAGUAUAUAAAAACUGUUAGUUCCUAGUUGACAAAGGAAGGUUGAGCAUGCAUCGAUUGCGCGUUUAGCACCGAGUUUAUUCAGUUCUCAUCUCAUCUCAUGUGCGGUCUUGUGCAUCAUAGAGUCCGCGAUACAUGACAUGCGACACGUUCUCGUUAGGUCAACCAAGGGAAAUGGUCGGAGAUGAUUUUUCGAUGCUUAUCGAAAUUUGAAAUUGAAAACUGUUUCCAAUUGAUAAAUGAGAACGAGCAUUUCCGAUUUUCGCCGCAUAGUGCUGAACGCGGGAGGAAAGACGGGCUAAAAAGAAAAGGACGUACAAGUGAGUACCUGCUGAGAACAAAAAGGAAGAAAACCGCAACUGUGAUCUCAUCGAGUUGCUUUUUUGGGAAAUUCUUGACAUUUUUUCACGCACAAACGAUUCUUGAAACGGAACUCGUUUAGUGAUAUAUUUUAAAAUCUCUGUGCCACGAUUCGUGGAUUCGUGAUGAUUGAGCAUUCUCAGAAUCGAGAUAAUUUAUCGUGAAGAAAUAGUAAUAAUUUUUUCGGCAUGCAAGUUCGGAUGUAGAGAAAGAUAUUUAGAAUUCAUAAAUUGCCCUGAAUGUGGAAAAGCACGGAUCUCUUGAACCGUAGUUAUUGGAGAGAGAGAAAAAAUGCAAAACUAAUGACUCUCGGCUUAAAUACUGGAUCCGAGAUCAAAUGCGAAAGUAUAAGAAAAAUGUGCAAUAAACACAUCGUCGAUCCCGUCCAGCUAAGCUAAGCUACGAGUCAUUAAUCUUUUAAGUUAUUCCUAAGCGAAUAUCAGAGAAGAAUAACACUGGUGUUUAUAAAUUAUAUAAAUUGCCCAUCGAAACGAUCCGAAAGUUCACCGACAAUCUCUUACGAUUAACGUAAAUGAAACGAGCAAGGGAUAACAGUUUUUUUCAUCAACAAUCAAACAAACAUCGAAAUCGCUGUACGAUCCGUUGUGGGGCGUGAUGUUGAUCGAACGAUUGCCUCCUCCCAUAUUGGAUCGUGUGAAUAUAUUUGUACAUUUCUUCUUUGAACUAGGAUUUAUGAUCUCUUCAUUAUGAACAAAACCGGUAAUUAUAUGUAGACUUACUAUGUUAUUAUUAUCAUUGUCAUCGUCAUCGUUGCUAUUAUUAUUAUUAUUAUGAUUUAUCAUAGCUAAUAUAUAUAUGCGACGAUCGAGGUUGGAUCGUGGCGCUUCGAUUUAGUAAUUUUUCUUUUUCUUCCCUAUUCUUUUGUGCAUUUGAUCAAAAUUAUUUUUCAUUUAUAUAAUUUAUUUUAAAGUGUAUUAAGUACGAAAAGAUAUUAAUUCGUUCCGCAGUAUGAAUGUAAAUUGAUCUCCAUUUUUUAAAAGAAAAUCUUAUGUAGGACAUAUUAUAUAAAUAUAUAUAUUUUUUAACACAUGUGCAAGCAUGCGUGUAUGUAUGUGUGUGUAUAUAUAUUAUCGUAAAUUUUAUAUACGUAUAUAUAUAUAAAUGUAUAUAUAUGUAUGUAUGUAUGUGUGUAUAUAUAUAUAUAUAAAGUUGCACAAAGUGACAUGGUUACAGAUGAACAAUGGAAAAUUAAAAGACCAAAAUUUUUUUAAGUAAAGAAAUUCUAGAAAAGCUUUUAAAUAAACAUCUCUCUUUAACAAAUUUAUGGAUAAAUUUCAUCUUUUAAGAAUGGAAGAGAUUUUCAAUUAUACAGUUAGAGACUGAUGAAGAAUUUAAAAUUUAAAGAGAAGAAAAUUCUUUUAGAUAUCCAUUGUUGAUAAAUGGAGAUUGUUAGGGAACAUAGAUUUUAUCAUAUAUUUUUAUAUACAGAAUAUAUGUAAAGCAAUGAGAGAAGAAAAAAAGAAGAAUAUCGGAAAUAAGCGCUACGAACCUGCCUGGAUUAAUAAAUGAGAGAUAUAUCGUUCCACUCUCUUAAUUUAUUUGUUUUGUAAGUUACUUUUGCAAUAUCUUUUCUAUGUACACAUACAUAUGUACAGGGUGUCUGACUAUUAUCGUGCCAACAACACUCUUGUUUAAAUAAGGUGCUGCGUCAAAUUGAAUAGACAGGUUCUUUUGUAAAAGACACGUACAUAAAAUAGUUGUCAAGAUAUAAAUUAGAGAAGAUUGAGGUGCGCGAUGCAGUGGAACUCUGGAGUGGCUCAAAUUGAAACAUGUUUCGAAUUAUUUACAUGUUUAAUAUCAGGCACCCUAUUUGCGUACAUAGGUCAGUGAUCUUCGUUUUCGUAAUCUUCUUUCUUUUUUAACACUGCCAGAGAAAGGAAAAAAUAUCGCGGUCGUCAACAUUGAUAAAAAGUGAUAAGUAACAACAACCAAGUCUGGCAAUAAUAUUAUGUAAAAAUUAUUUAUAUAUGCUUCUCGUUCUUACAAUUAAUUUAAACAAACAUAUGUGCGAUAUUACACUAGAGAUAUGUUACAGAAAAUAAUUCAGAGGAUAAACAUGGCGCGACAAGGUGUGUGUCUGUAUAUGUAAUAGAGAUAUUGAAAUUUUAAUGGGGAACCAUUAAAUUUGUAAGUGGAAAUUUUAUCGAUUAGAAGAUAUAAUGUGUGAUGUAAAUAUAUCCGCGAAGACAACUGUGCAAGUUGCGAUGGACAAACAAACCUUUUUUAUUUUUUCAAAAGAAAUGGUUUUUCAACCUAUUGUAAAAACAAAAAAAAUCUAAAGUAAAAUUACACACACACACACACACACAUACAUAUAUAUAAAUUAAUAUCUGUUUAAGAAAAGCUUUAGAGAUAAAUAAUGAGAAAUUAAAAUAUUAAAUUUGUAUUUUAACUUUUUUCUUUUUAUCGAAAAUUCAUUCAAAUGUGUAUUUUUAAACUGACUACACUUACAUGGCAAGAUUAAAAUGAUUGAGAAUAGUCUGUCCUGGAAAUGUCCAUCAGCACUUCAUUGGCAAUUGUCGAUACGCACAGUGGCUAUUGCGUAUAUCCUUUGCGAAUUGACACAAAAAAAUUCUUAUUGUUUCAUCAGCGUGUUGAGAGCGUCUUGAUGCGAAAGGACACGAUUUCUUCUUUUAUAAGAUACUGUUUCAACUCGCGGGAAUAUGCUGUAUACACAGAGUAUCCUAUUUUCACCGAAUGUUUCUCAAAAUUCUUCGAUCAAAUCAUUGUCGAUCUGUUUUCUUUUUUUGUUUUACGAAAAUUUCAAGAUAUAUAUAUAGUUCUCGAGUUAUGAAUGAUCGAAAAAGGAGAUGUCUUUUCUCGAAAGUUAAUUUGAGUUGUAUACAGAUUGAUUUUUAAUGCGCUUAUUUUUUAAAUUAAUUUUUAUUGUAUAAUUACGUAACAUAAAGUAACGAUGUCCUCGAAAGAAUGCUCUUGUAUGCGCAUGUAGAUUUAAAUCGUAACACGAUUAAUUCAUUUGUCUUUCUUCAAUUCCAUUAUGUUGAUAACUUCCGAAAGUUUUUGUAAGAAAUAUUGGCGAAGAUUUAACUUUUUGCAUAAAUAUUAAAAGUAAAACGAUUAAGAGACUGAUUGAUACAUUUACCCAGGCAGCAAGGUGACGUCUAAAGACGUCAUUGAGACGUCAUUAAGACAUCCAUAGAUGUCUUAAUGAUAUCUUAAUGACGUCACCUUGCUACCUGGGUAACUUUUUAUUUACGGCGCUCUGUGUAUGUGUAUGUGCGUUAGGUGAACUGUUUAUUGGGUAAACUUAACGUGCGCGUACACGCACACAAACAUAUGUAAGAAUAACUAUAUGUUAUUUAUGCGUACGUGUGUGCGAGAUUAUUUAUAAUAGAUAAAAUGGAUGCAUAGCAGGAUACUAACGAUGACGACUGCCGUAAUUAAGAUAAUAAGUAGUGUCGGUUACACACACACACACACACAUAUACACAGCAUAUAUAUACACACACAAUUUGUAUAUAUAUGUAUGUAUAGAAAACAAAAAUAUCUAUUCCAAGUCCCACACUGUGUAUAAUCGCUAUUAGAGAUAUUGUUCUAUCGUGUACAAUUAUAUUUACUAUUUAAGGGAUUAUUAUUAUGAUUAUUCUAUAUUCGCGGUUAUCGAUAUCUUGUUGAGAUUUCAAAUUACGAAACAAACAAGAGGAUUUUUAUAGUAAGAUAAGGAAAGAAUUAUGCCACUUCUCUUAUAUCUAUGUACAACUUUGUAAUAAACCGAUUUAUUUGUAA